AUGGCCUUUGCUCUAAAGGGUGUUGCAUAUAUUACUGGUGCUGGAUCCGGCAUCGGGCAAUAUACGGCAUAUGCUCUCGCAAAACAAGGUGUACGCUCAUUCGCCCUGCUCGAUCGCAACCCGGUCACGCAGACAAUCAGCCACCUUAAACAUCUUGCACCGGAUGUUUCUGUAAAGGGAUUUGAGCUCGAUGUCACCAAUGAGAAAGCGAUCGAUCAUAGCAUAGAGGAGACGGUCAAGGAGUUUGGACGGUUGGACUACGCAGUCAACAAUGCUGGUAUUAGUGGAUUUGUCAAGACAUCCGACGAGGUACCAAAGCAUGAUUUCGAGAAAGUCAUUGCCGUCAACACUACUGCUGUUUGGCAAUGUCAGCGCGCUCAGAUUCGGCAGAUGCUGAAGCAAGAGAAGCUUACGGAGUCGUACCGUUCCUAUCGAGGGUCCAUCGUCAAUGUGGCAUCCAUGUAUGGCCUAGUUGCACCGCCUCUCAACGUCCCUGCGACAGCAUACGCUACAAGCAAGCAUGCUGUCAUUGGACUUACGAAAUCGGAUGCACUCGCCUUCGCGCACAGAGGUAUCAGAAUCAACGCUAUAGCCCCAGGCUAUGUAAUGACACCCCUUGUGGAAAAAACCAUGAGCCAGGGCAAUAUGAUCGAAACCGAAAGGUUGAAAGUUCCGGUCCAUCGUUACUCAGAGAUGGAAGAAAUUGGCGACUGCAUUGCCUUCCUGCACUCGGAUGCCGCUAGCUACAUGAUCGGCGCAACUCUGGUUGCCGAUGGAGGAUACACGGUAGUGUAG